AUGCAAGAGAACCUGGUCCUUUCUGCAUAUAAGACGAACCGGGGCUUCUAUGGCCGUCAAUUCAUCGGAUACCAGGACACCGUCCUAGCAGAAACAGCCGGCUGCGUGACAGCCUCUGGGCGGAGCAGCAAUAACAAUCCGUCCUGGACCAAUGAUACCGUGCCGGCUGCUGAUAAUUAUCUCGUCCGGCCAUGGGAGUCGUUCGCUCGCGCUGUGUUUCAGCAGGUUUACCUAAGUAAAAUUAUUACACCGGCUGGGUGGGAGCGAUGGUCGACCAGCAGCCCUAAUACGGAUAAUGCCACAUUUGCGGAGUAUGCUAACUACGGCCCUGGACCUGUCCUGGAAGAGGGACCGCGAGCGAGCUUCAGUGAGCAAUUGGAUGCGCGAAUGGAGAUCCAGUCAAUUCUGGGGCAUAACUUUCAACGCGAGUGGUGGGUGGAUACUGAUAACCUGGAGAAAAGUGAUCUUGUCUCUUCUUGCUCCGUGGCAGGCGAUGAAAUCACAGCAACUUCCAACGACAGCAUCUGCGACAGUAUCAACAACAUUGUCAGCGACGGUACCAAUGACAUUAUCAACGUCAUCCCUAACAUCAAUUACGAUUUCCACCGGAAGUACCAGCACUUGUACUGA